AUGCCGCAACCAUUGAGCUCCAAGGAUCAUGCCUUGUUCCGUCAAGUGGUUCGCAACUUUGAGCAGAAGCAAUACAAGAAAGGCAUCAAGACGGCAGACCAGGUUCUGAAAAAGAACCCCAACCAUGGCGAUACGCAGGCGAUGAAGGCUCUGAUCAUGAGCCAUCUGGGUCAACUGGAGGAGGCCUUUGUACUGGCCAAGGAGGCUCUGCGCAAUGACAUGAAGUCGCACAUCUGCUGGCACGUCUACGGAUUGCUAUACCGACAGGAAAAGAACUACGAGGAGGCGAUUAAGGCCUACCGCUUUGCUCUACGACUGGAGCCCGAGUCCCAGCCCAUCCAACGCGAUCUUGCCCUCCUCCAGAUGCAGAUGCGAGAUUUCCAGGGAUACAUCCAAAGCCGCAGUUCGAUGCUUCAGGCGCGCCCUGGCUUCCGCCAAAACUGGACAGCUCUGGCGAUCGCUCACCACUUGUCGGGCGACUUGGAGGAGGCUGAAAAAGUUCUCACGACAUAUGAGGACACUCUGAAGACUACACCACCUGUCUCGGAUAUGGAACACUCGGAGGCUUGUUUGUACAAGAACACAAUCAUUGCCGAGACAGGGAACUUGGAGAGAGCUCUCGAGCAUCUGGAGAAGGUUGGAUAUCGGUGUACCGAUGUUCUCGCUGUUAUGGAGAUGAAGGCGGACUAUCUGCUUCGAUUGGGCCGCAAGUCAGAGGCGGAGGAGGCAUACACCGCUCUCCUCGAUCGUAACCCAGAGAACUCGGUCUACUAUAAUGGUUUGAUUCAGGCCAAGGGAAUCUCAGAGGAUGACCACAAGGCGUUGAAGGCAUUGUACGAUGAGUGGGUGGAGAAGAACCCGCGCGGCGAUGCGGCGCGCCGCAUCCCUCUGGACUUCCUGGAAGGCGAGGACUUCAAGCAGGCUGCAGAUGCUUAUCUGCAACGUAUGCUUAAGAAGGGUGUCCCAUCUUUGUUCGCGAACAUCAAAAUCCUGUACAGCAACUCCGCUAAGCGGGAUACAGUCGAGGACCUGGUUGAAGGAUACGUCUCUGGCAAGUCAGCCUCGCAGGAGAACGGUUCAGCCGAAAGCAAGGACGAGUUCCUGGCUUCGACCUACUACUUCUUGGCCCAACAUUACAACUACCACCUUAGCCGUGACCUCUGCAAAGCCAUGGAGAACGUGGAUAAGGCCAUUGAGCUGUCACCCAAGGCCGUGGAAUACCAGAUGACCAAGGCUCGUAUCUGGAAGCACCAUGGUAACACUGCGAAGGCGGCGGAGGAGAUGGAGAAGGCGCGUCUGCUGGAUGAGAAGGAUCGGUACAUCAACUCCAAGGCUGCGAAGUACCAGCUCCGUAACAACGAGAACGAGAAGGGUCUGGACAACAUGAGCAAGUUCACCCGCAACGAGACUGUUGGUGGUGCUAUGGGCGAUCUGCACGAGAUGCAGUGCACAUGGUAUUUGACGGAGGACGGUGAGGCAUAUCUGCGACAAAAGAAGCUGGCCCUCGCCCUCAAGCGCUUCCACGGCGUCUACAACAUCUUUGAGACAUGGCAAGAGGACCAGUUUGACUUCCACAGUUUCUCUCUUAGGAAGGGUAUGAUCCGGGCGUAUGUCGAUAUGGUCCGCUGGGAAGACCGCCUGCGUGAUCACCCCUUCUACACACGCAUGGCCCUCUCUGCCGUCAAGGCCUACAUCCUCCUCCACGACCAGCCGGAUCUGGCUCAUGGCCCGAAUGGCCUUGGCGCCAACGGCGACAUUCAAGAUGAGGCUGAGCGCAAGAAGGCCCUCAAGAAGGCUAAGAAGGAGCGAGAGCGCCUGGAGAAGAUUGAGGCUGAUAAGCGUGAGGCCCGGAAGGCGGCGGCUGCUAACGCCAAGAGUGCCGAUGGGGAGGUCAAGAAGGAGGAUACUGACCCUCUUGGCAACAAUCUGGUUCAGACGAAGGACCCGUUGAACGAUGCGAUGAAGUUUUUGACCCCGCUGCUCUCCCUCAAUUCACAGAAGGUUGAGGUUCAGUGCCUUGGCUUUGAGGUUCACAUCAGGAGAGGCAAGCACCUGCUGGCCCUGAAGUGCCUUUCGGCCGCACACGCCAUCGACCCCUCUUACCCUACUCUCCACGUCCAGCUUCUUCGGUUCCGCAAGGCUCUCGACAGCCUUUCCGAACCUCUUCCUGCGCCCAUUGCUGAGGUCGUCAACGCCGAAUUCGAGACGAUGCUCCCCAAGGCCCAGAAGCUCGAUGAGUGGAACGAGUCUUUCCUCACCGCCAACAAGGACAGUGUCGCCCAUGUGCAAGCCGCCCUCUCUGCCCGUCACAUUCUGAACCCCGAGUCCAAGGCCGAGUGCGAGAAGGAUCUCCUGGACACUCUUGACUCGCCCAAGAUCACCAUUGACGAAGCUGCUGCUGCUAUCGAUUUGUUGAACAAGUGGGGCAGCGAGACCUCUGCCUACGUCCAGAAGGCAAACAAGAAGUGGCCUGAGGCUUCUGUCUUCCAGCCGAACUAA